UUCUGCUCUGCUCGCCCCAGCGAUUCAGCCCCGCCGCCGGAUUUUGCAGCCAAUUCGUUGCUAUACCAGGGCGAGAAUUAUCCUCAAGCAUUCGCGAUUGUGAGAAAUUAGAACUAGGAAUCGGAUUAUGGGUUAUGGAGAAGUGGGCGACGCUGGGGCAAUGCAGGGAAAAGCAGCUUCGGUAGAGUGCAAGAAACAGCUGCAGGUUGGAAUUGAGAGCGGCACGGGAUUUACACUAGCUCUAGCGUAAUUCGACUCUGCCUUCGCACACUUCUCGGCGCUCGUGGUCGGGUUACAAUAGGGUUGAAUUGUGCGUGUUUUUUUUGUAAGGGGCGAAUUGAACCGUAAUUGGGUAGUGUUGUAGAGUAGAGGGGAGACUCGGUUGCAGGGUGCGCAGGAUGGGAGAACCGAAAGACACGCUCGAUAAGCUCGUGGUCUUCCUGGCGAAGCGAGACGGGAUUGACAAGGUGGUGAAGACACUUCAGUAUGUGGGCAAAUUGGCGCACUAUGGGUUAGAGCGGAAAAACCCGGUCCUCGCCGCUCGGUACAAGAACCUUGAGGUCGCGGCCGGGCUGAGCCGUAAGGCGUUUCGAACGGGACGGUCGUUGGGUGCGUUCAACACGCUUCGCACCGCCUCACACCCCGAUCUCACUAUUCAACUGCUCACCAUCUUUGGGUAUGGAGGGGAGAUGGUGUACUGGUUCUUCGACCACUUCACGUGGCUGUCCAAGGUGGGCGUGCUCGACCCCAGCGUUGGGGUCAGGACAGCGUACAUCUCAGCGUUUGGUGAGAGCGUGUGGUACAUUUUUUUCAUCACCAUGGACGUGAUCGUUAUCAAGCGGGGCUUGAAGACUGAGGUAGAGCUCAAAAAACAGUUGGCUAAGCUGGUGAAGUCUGAGGACCAAGCACGUGCCCCGUUGAUGGAGGAUUCAGCAACGGGGGAGCAGAUCAAGAGCUUGAAGGCAAAACUUUCCUCCAUCAGGUUGCAGAGGGUAAUGGCGGUCAGUUCCAUCAUAGCCAAGACGGCGGACCUCUUCAUUGCGCUUGCCGUUGUGGAUCCUAACCCCUUCGUGUCGCACACCAUCACGCUGGGUCUCAGCGGGCUGGCGUCUGCUUGGGCGGGAUGGUAUCAACUGUGGCCGGCGUCCAAGUAAGGCAGCCAAUUUCACCAGUUCUGUCGAGGAUUCAAUUUCGUCUUGCUUCCGACUGCGAGAAAUCGUUAUCUGCUGGACAAUUGGAGAGGCCUCAAGGAAAGCAGCUGUUACCGCCGUAGCAAAGCUGGGCGGUCCGUUCUUCUCUUCUUUGCCUUAGUUUAGUAAAUCUUACUACAUUUUUGAUCGAUGGAUAGAGAAUUUCUCAAGUGGAGAACUGGCCACCUCAACCGUUCCUAGGAAACCGGAAGCUAAUAAUUUCGAUAAGAAUAUUAACAAGUUCAUCUUCCAUUUGUUUUGUUCA